UAUUUUUGCGCAAUAUGGAACACCAAGAAAAUCAGCCACCAAAUGAAGUCGAGGCUCCUUCUGAAGAGGCUAAGGAAGUUGAAAAGGAGUUGACUGAUGAAGAAAAAUUAUGGAAGAAAAUAGAUGAGAUUCUUGACAAAUACUACGUCAAUGAAUUCCAAAGAAUGGCUCUUCAUAAAUUUAUAAAAGUCAAGAUUAGCAAUACAGACACUGAUGAGUGUGAGAGAGCCAGAGAAUGGCUCUUCUUAAAAGUUAACGGAACAAAAUUACCCAAAGAAUACCAUAAACGACAGCUAGGGUGUCCAGACCUCGUCCCUGGAAUCACUAUCAAAGGAUGGUGGGAAAGAGAAGAAUUCUCAUGGGUCUCUGAACUAGAAGAACAAUUUGAUGUAAUCAAGGAAGAACUUAUGGCUCUUAAGACUGAAACAGGAUUCCAGCCCUACAGAGGCCCUACUUGGGCAGGAAAAAUACUACCUAAGGACAAAAUAGGCUCCCAGUCCAAUGAAGGAGGUGAUUGGAAUGUCUUCUAUCUGUUCCUACAUAACAUGAAGUUUGAUGAAAACUGAGAGAAGUGACCUAAGACUGUAGAGAUAAUCCAGAAUAUUGUUCCAAGACAAUAUUGACAUGCUUUCUUCUCAGCCUUGACUCCUGGUGCACAUGUAAUGGAACAUAAUGGCCCAACUAAUCGAAAACUCAGGCUUCAUCUCCCUCUUGUAGGGGUGGAAGGAAGCAAGAUGAGAGUAGGGGAUGAGACUAAAUACCCAAAAGAAGGAGAGUGCAUUAUCUUCGAUGAUAGCUUCAACCAUGAAGCUUGGCAUGAAGGAGACACCACAAGAAUAGUCUUGAUUCUAGAUUUCUGGCAUCCUGAUCUUUCUGAUGCAGAGGUAAAAUUCUUCAGCUUAUUGCAAAAGUCUAAGCUAAAGGGUGAGAAAUUCUUGACAGAGAAGUCAAAAAAUGAAGAUAACCUCUUCUCCAUUGUUGAGAAAACAAAAGGACUUAUCCAAGAAAAUGAUUCAUGGUGGAUAACAUAAUCAAAGCUUGCAUAAAUCUUCAAUUUCUAAAUAGUAUUUUGG